AUGGAUAGUAGUACUGUACAGCUGCUGUACGGAGCCAACGGUUCCGUAGUGCGCUUUGCCGUCAAUGCUCCACACACUUCCACGAAAAUGGUCGCGUGCAAAGCAGUACAAAAUUUGCUUCUUCCUUGCUUUUCCACAUCUGCAACGGCCAGCGACGCAAGAUGCACCGCCUAUUUUCCACAAACCUGCAAAUAUCUACAGUACAGUACAGGUACAGCACUGCAUCACCAGCUUUUCAGGGGAGAUUUCUUUAUCGUGAUAUUUCCCUUAUUCAAUGUGGUAAAAGGGAGUGCCCCCUGGCCAGGAGACAGGUGGGGGGGGUGUGCACAGUAUAUGUAG